CAGCAACAACCAGAGCAAGAAGAACAAGUUACCUUCGAAGCUGAUGAAGAAGAAGAACAAGUAGAUACCGGCGACGCGGAGGUGGCCGAAGAAGAAGAUGAAAUAGAAUACGAAGAGGAAGUGGAAGAAGAAGACGGAGAAGAAGAAGAAGCAGCAGCGAAGGAGGGAGAUGCCCAAAACCCCUCAAACUUUACGGCAUCAUCAACGGCUCCGGCAGCUUCUGCACCAUCGACUGCUGCUAAUACCACCGCAAAUGAUGAUGACGAUGGGGAAGAACCUGUGCAGAAGCUACUGGAACCAUUCACCAAGGAGCAACUGAUCGAUCUCCUCCGUGAAGCUACUGACAAUCAUCCAGACGUUCUGGAUCGAAUCCGCAAGGUUGCCGAUGUGGAUCCUGUUCAUCGCAAGAUAUUUGUCCAUGGUCUUGGUUGGGAUACGAAUGCCGAAAUCCUAAUUAAUGCUUUCAGGCAGUACGGUGAGAUCGAGGACUGUAAUGCCGUCUGUGAUAAGAUUUCUGGGAAAUCUAAGGGUUAUGGGUUCAUCCUCUUUAAGCACCGAAGUGGGGCUCGUAAAGCCCUGAUACAGCCACAGAAGCGGAUUGGCAAUCGGAUGACGGCCUGUCAGUUGGCCUCGGCCGGGCCGAUACCGCCACCAGCCCCUGCUGCACCCCCAGUUUCAGAGUACACGCAGCGGAAGAUCUAUGUCAGCAAUGUAUCAGCUGAUAUUGAUCCUCAAAGGUUGCUUAAUUUUUUUGCUAAGUACGGGGAGAUUGAGGAGGGACCGUUAGGGUUAGAUAAGCAGACUGGGAAGCCCAAGGGGUUUACGUUGUUCGUUUACAGGACAGUUGAGAGUGCGAGGAAGGCAUUGGAAGAUCCACAGAAGAAUUUUGAAGGUCAUAUCCUGCACUGUCAGAAGGCAAUCGAUGGGCCGAAGCCAAACAAGCAAUACUAUCAUCAUCAUAACCCACACCACUCUCAGCAUGGCUCACAUUAUCAAAGAAAUGAAAACCCUAAUUUUAUGGGGGCUAUAGGGAAUCAUGGUUCUGCUGCGGCAACACCUGGUCACAUGAUGGCUCCAAGUCCGGCUGGGGUGCAAUUCAACCAAGCAGCUACGCAGGCGUUGAACCCAGCGCUUGGACAGGCGAUAACGGCAUUGCUUGCGACCCAAGGUGCAGGGUUGGGGCUGACGAAUUUGUUGGGAACACUUGGGUCUACAGGCAUGGGGGCACCAGUGAACCAAACUGUGCCUUCGAUGGCUAGCCAUGGAAUGCAGGGUGGGUAUGGGACUCAGUCUGUUGCGAGUAAUAUCAGCCCUGGUGUGAUGGGGGGAUACGGGAACCAGCCUGCUAUGCAAGGAGGAUAUCCUAACGCGCCUAUGGGACAUGCCAAUUCUGGUAGAUCACAGCAAGGUGUGGGCCACAUGGGUGGAGUUCCGCCCUACAUGGGUCAUUAGGUAAUGCACAGAUACCUACUAGGUGCAUCAACCUUUUAGUCAUGGACUGGUGAUUCUUCUGAAGUUCCAGGAGCUUAUGCAAAUGCGAUCUUUGUCUUUGUGAUGAAGUGUUGCUUUUUCAUUACCAAAAAGACCAGAACUUAGGCUUUUGUCAAGUGGAGUUACAGUCUUCUAUUUUCCUUCUUUUCAAACCUUUCGUUACUCUUCAAAAAUAUGUACUAUGUUGGAUUUCGAUUUCUACUUUCUUUUAAGCUCUGGACAAUCGGUUGAGUCAUCCAGUAUGGAACUUUAUGUAUUUUCUGGAGUCUAAGAAAAAUUAUAAACAACAAAUCUGCAUUCUGUA